AAAUAUACGAAAUUAUAACCACAAAAUUCAAAACUAAAUUUGACGAUCGGAGGAAUAUGAGUUAGUUUUAUUCAAAAUUUAUCGCAACAUGUCGACGAAAUUGAAAUUAUAUUUAGGCAGAAAGGUGAUAGAAUCCUUGCAUAAAACCACCAAACUCAGCCCACUAGAAUUGCAGCCGCUAAUACAAAUAGGAAAUACCGAUAAAAUGGAGUUAAAUCUACCCAUGAAUCUGCUCGAAACUCAAUUAGGUGUGACCAACGUAACGGAAAUAUUAAAAAUCCAACCGGACGACAUCAUUCGAAAGGUGCAACUAGUCCGAGACAGAGCCAACAGGAAGAUCUCCUUCGAAAUAGACCAGAACAUUUUCAUGACGGACGUGAUCGAAAACGGCGCCUACCCCGAUGUUAAUUUCAAACCGAAAAACGUAGUGGUCGAAUACAGCUCCCCGAACGUAGCGAAACCCUUCCACUUCGGCCACCUACGAUCCACCAUCAUUGGCAAUUUCAUCAGCAACUUGAACCAGUUCCUGCGCAACAAAGUCACCCGACUAAACUACAUAGGCAACUGGGGCACUCAGUACGGAUUCAUACAAGUGGGCCUUGAGGAGCUGGGCUUGCAGCCCGAGGAUAUCGAACGCGACCCGUUGAAUUCCCUAUACAGAUCGUACGUGCACGCCAACGGUCUAUCGGAGAAGAACCCCGACAUAUCCAAGAGAGCGAAGGGGAUAUUCGCUAAAUUAGAAGGCGGCUCCAAGGAGGAAUUGGACCGUUGGAGGAAGAUGAUGGGGUACUCUAAAGCAGAGUUAGUCAGUACUUACAAACGAUUGGGUAUCGAAUUCGACGAGUACCAUUACGAAUCCGAUUACAGCGCGAAAGACAUUGCAGGCAUAGUGGACGUAUUAAGAACCAAGAAUAUCAUACAGAAAGACGAAGAAGGAAGGAUGGCUGCGGAAAUAGGUAACAGGCGAGUGGCCGUACUGAAAAGCGACGGUUCCGGGCUCUAUUUGACGCGCGACAUCGCGGCGGCCGUGGACCGGUUCAAGCGGUACGACUUCGAUAAGAUGUUGUACGUGGUGGACAACAGCCAGAGCGAUCACUUCCACGCGCUGCGCAACAUCCUCUACAAGAUGGACCUGCCGUGGGCCGAUCGCAUAGCCCACGUGAAGUUCGGUCGGGUGAAAGGGAUGAGCAGCAGAAAGGGCAACGCGCUGUUUCUGCGCGACAUUCUCGACGAAUGCAAGGGGAUGGUGCUCAAGAAACAGAUCGAAUCGCCCACUACUAAAACUCCGUUGAACGAUGAGAGAACCGCUGAUAUUCUGGGCGUGUCGUGCGUUAUCGUCAACGAUCUGAAAAGGAGAAGGCAGAAGGAUUACGAUUUCGAUUGGGAUAAAGUUUUACAGGUGCAAGGCGAUACUGGCAUAAAACUCCAAUACGCCCAUUGUAGGUUACGUAAUUUAGAGCUGAAUUGCGGGGCGGCGCCGGCGUCGCGAUGCCAGCCGGCCCUGUUGCUCGAGCCGGAAGCUCUGCUACUGAUCAAAGAAAUGGCGAAAUUCCACGAUGUCCUCUACGUGGCUAGCGAACAGCUAGAAGCCUACGUAUUGGUGAAAUAUCUCUUCGAUUUAUGUAAUCAUAUUAACAAAGCAUUCAAAACGUUACGAGUGAAAGGCACGCCGGACGAAUUGGCAUCGCAGAGACUGUUGCUGUUUAACACCGCCAGAAAAGUCCUCGAAAACGGCAUGAUAAUCCUCGGAUUAACCCCGUUGAACAAAAUGUGAUUAAUAAAACGACUCAAAUGCUUAGAAAUUAUAAUAACUAGUCAGAAGGCACUUGGUUUUAUCGUCCGGUAUUGCUCACCCGAUAAGAACUCGUUUUCUACCCCUGAGUUUAAUUUCGUCGUACUUGUGAAGCACUUCUUUGCUGCCGUUUGUGUACUGGGCUUGGUAGCCGCUCAAGAAGUGCUCGAACGAUUCCUCGGCUAGGCUGUGGGUGCUGAUCAAAGCUCGUUCUAACACGUACAAGUCCACUCCUUUGUCUUCGGCGCUCGAUUGGAUUCGACUCAAUCCGAAAUCUAUCGGCACGAUGAUCAGGUCGCUCGGAUUGCAAUUCUCCAGCGUUUGCGGAUUAUGCUUGCUAACGACGAGGAUGUUGGAGGACGUGAGAUCGCCGUGAAUGAUGUUGUUUUCGUGCAGCUUGCCCACCGUUUUGCCUAUGUGAUAGAAGAACUCUUGCAGGCGAGAGUGAUCAUUCGAUCUCGAAUAGUCUUCUAUCAGGUCUUUGGCCGUUUUGCUGUGCAGCACAUGCUCCAUGUAAAUGGUGUUUUCGGCGAGGUUUACGGCGUAGACGGCGGGCGUGCGGAUACCGGCGAUUUUGCAUCUUAUCAAAGCCCGGUUUUCGGCGGUUAUCCUCUCUUUGGUGAGGCUGCUGUCUAAGCUGGGAUGGCGGUAUUUUUUGGCGAAACGCUGUUUGGCUAUGGCCGGUUUGCCAAGGUAAGUGCCUUGGUAUAACUUGGCUUCGGCGCCUUGUUUUAUUAGCUCGAAAUUUUUCAUUAUUUUCGAUCGUUUGUUUAUAACCUUACUUUGUUUUACCAACUGUCA